AUGCAAGGUGAAAAUAGCACCUCAAUGAAUGCAUUUAUUUUACUGGGUUUUUCUAAUGUUCCAUAUUUCAAAAUCCUUUUCUUUGUAGUGUUCCUGUGCAUCUACCUUGUCACUGUAUUUGGCAAUGUCAUCAUCAUUGUCAUCAUUAGUGUUGAUGCUGCCCUCCACACUCCCAUGUACUUCUUCCUCAGGAACUUGUCUUUCCUGGAGAUCUGCUAUACUUCAGUCACAAUCCCCAAGUUGCUUGAGAACAUUGUCGCUCUUGACAAAACCAUAUCUUUACGUGCAUGUGCUACUCAAAUGUAUUUUUUCCUCUUCUUUGGUGCCACUGAGUGUUGUCUCCUAGCCAUCAUGGCAUAUGAUCGCUACAUCGCUAUAUGCAAUCCACUGCGCUACCAGAUAAUUAUGAGAAAGAGAGUAUGUGUUCAUUUCGCUGCCUUUUCUUGGGCUUGUGGCUGUCUAGUGGCUGUGGGUCAUACCACCUUCAUUUUCAACCUGCCCUUCUGUGACUCCAAGGUCAUCAACCAUUUCUUUUGUGAAAUCCAGCCAGUGCUAAAACUAGUGUGUGGGGACACAUACUGGAACGAAAUCCAAAUCAUUGUAGCUGCUGCAUUUGUAAUCCUGAUGCCUUUCAUGCUGAUCCUUAUGUCUUAUUUCCACAUCAUUUCUACUAUCUUGAGGAUGCAAUCAGCCCAGAGCCGCCAGAAGGCCUUCUCCACCUGCUCCUCACACCUUGUUGUUGUCUCCUUGUUUUACGGGACAGCCAUUUUUAUAUACAUACGCCCCAAAUCUAGCUACUCUCUGAAUGUGGAUAAGCUUCUCUCUCUCUUCUAUUCUGUUAUUACUCCCAUACUGAAUCCAAUUAUCUACAGUCUGAGGAACAAAGAAGUGAAAGGAGCUCUCAGGAAGACAGUGUCGAAACUAAUCCCAUCAAACUGA